AUGAAUGAGUCUAACCCUGAGUUACCUCACUACAUCAAACCACCUUACUUGAUCUUGAAAAAGAAACCAAAGAAGGAGACGAAAGUACGCCAAUUUAACAAGUUCAUGGAUAUGUUGACAAAGAUACAGAUUAACAUUCCAUUUUGUGAAGCUCUUGAACAUAUGCAUGUUUAUGCUAAAUUUAUGAAAGAGAUCUUAUUGAGAAAGAUUAAGUUGAAGCAUGAUGAAAACAUCGUUUUGGCGGAAGAGUGCAGCGCAAUUAUUCAAAGAAAGCUUCCACUUAAACUCACUGAUCUAGGUAGAUUCACUAUUAUGUGUUCCAUUGGUUCACUAAGAAUUGGUCAUGCUUUGUUUGAUUUAGGAGCUAGCAUCAAUCUGAUGUCUCUAUCUAUGAUGAGGAAGUUGAAUUAUGGUGAGUCGAAACCAACUAAAAUGACUCUAGCAUUGGUUGAUCAGUCAAUCACAUGUCCAUAUGGAGUUCUUGAAGACGUACUAGUUAGAGUCGAUGAAUUAUUAUUUCCUGUAGAUUUUGUGAUUCUAAACAUGCAUGAGGAUUCUGAAACACCACUAAUCCUCGGAAGACCGUUCUUGGAAAUGGGUAGAGAUCUCAUUGAUGUAGAAUUGAGGGAGUUGAUAUUGAGGUUUAACAAGGAAAAAAUUGUCUUCAACGUGUUUGAAGCAAUGAAACGCCAAAAAGAAAACCCUCAGUGCUACAGAAUAGACAUGAUGAAAGAAAAACUAAAAAGGUAUCCUUAUGAGAACAUAGUGAAAAGAUAA